AUGGCAACGUGCAUCCUACACCCCCAGGGGGUGUUUUACCAAGAGCCAGGUAAAGGGAAACAAGGAAAAGGCCCGGACAAAUCUCGCGGGAAGAAACAGAAGAAACCGGAAGUGGACAUUCUCAGCCCAGCUGCCAUGCUGAACCUCUACUACAUCGCCCACAACGUUGCCGACUGCCUGCACCUGCGAGGCUUCCGUUGGCCCGGUGCUCCCAAAUCAAAGGGGAAAAACAAGACUUAA